CUUAUAUUGGCCUUCAUGAAUCUGAUCUUACAACUUCGAGAGCUUUGUACCUCACACCAGCAUGGCGAGAAAAUUCGCAGACCUCAUCUUCUACGGCGGGCAUGUUUUAACUAUGAACGAUGAAUCGCCCAAAGCCGACGCUCUAGCUGUCACCGGCGAAACCAUCGCUGCUAUCGGCGACGAAGAUCACGUCUUCCAGCACGCAGGGAAAAACACGAAGUUCAUUCACCUCAAUAAUCAGACUGUGAUGCCAGGACUAAUCGAGCCCCACCAGCAUGCAAUAACCGUGGCCUUAUUCAGCAAAAUAACAGACAUAAGUGGUUAUUAUUAUCACUCAUACGCCGAGGUAAAAGCUCGAAUUCUUAGUGAAAUCGCCUCAGUUGAUGUCACUUCAAGCGAUUCGCCAUCGCCGUGUGUAUUUCGUGGCUGGGAUCCGGAGAUAAUUCGAGAUCUACCGGGUCUUAAUGCUAACGUCAUUGAGCGCGAGUUUUCAGCGGCUGUGCCGGUUGCGAUUCUUGGCCAGAAUCUGCACGCCGGUUGGGUAAACAAUAAAGCUUUUGAGGUGUUAGGUAUCGACGAGUCUGUGCAGGAUACUCCGAACGCUGUGUUCGGUCGUGGAAAGGAUGGCAAGCUGACAGGGGAGCUCUACGAGCCAGGGGCUAUUUUUCUUUUCCUUAGAACCAAGAUGUGCAACCCAAGUAAACUUGUACAAGACACAUGGCGAGAUUACGCCGCUGCGGGGUUCACGACAAUCACAGAUAUUCUCAAUAUGUCUGAAGCAGAUUUAUUUCAAGCUGCAAAGGAAUACGCUAGAUGUGAUUCAUGCCCCCUGAGACUUGCUAUAUAUCACAGUUCCGGAUUGGUAGAAAAGAACGGUCCAAGUACUGAUCUCUGUGGUACUUUUUGGAUUGCUGGAAGAAAGUUCAUUGCAGAUGGCUCGCCUCAUUGCGGAACCUCGGCCACACGCGAGCCUUAUUUGGACAACGAAAUCACAAGGAAGCUGUCCUUCCCUCCGUCGCCGAACAACGGGAUUUUGUUGUAUGAGACCAAAGAUCUGUACGACAAGGUGCGAUUGUUUCACGACGAAGGACGACAAGUGGCGAUUCACGCGCAUGGCGAACGAGCCAUAGAUCAAGCACUUGAAGUGUAUGAAAAGAUUCAGUCGGAGAGCGACACUCCCCCAUCCAAACUACGCCACCGAAUCGAGCAUCUCGGGUUCGUAACACAAGCUCAACUCGUACGCGCCGGGAAACUCGGCUUAGCUUUGUCAUUAUUCGUGGAUCAUCUGUACUUCUAUGCAAAAUCAUUCGCGCAAAAUAUACUGGGACUCGAACGUACCAACCGCUGGGCGCCGUUGUCACUAGCAACCAAACACGGGCUCAAGUGGACCAUCCACCAAGACCACCCUUCCUUUCCAGGACCCCCACGGCCGUUUGGAAACAUGCGGACAGCGGUAACGCGUACACAGAGGGAUGAUGGGAAGACAGUGCAUGGCCCUGAGUAUCGGGUGACAAUAGACGAGGCCCUCAAAGCGUACACUAUCAAUGCAGCCUGGCAACUUCACCGAGAAAGUGACCUAGGAAGCCUGGAGCCGAGCAAGAAGGCAGACCUUGUGAUACUGUCCGCCGACCCACGUGACACCCCACCUCUAGACCUGGAAAGUCUACGGGUGAUUGACACGUACAUCGGCGGACGCAGUAACGGGCUUUCCAAGCGAAAGAAUGCGACGAUUGGUGGGCGCUGCGUGCAAGUAUAUGGAGAUUGAGUGGGGUGGAAAUGAGAGCGCUGGAAUAAAACUAGCGUGGAGCACAUUGCCAAACCCCACUGUAUUUUACUUUUGUCUUUCUUUCACCUUUCCAUGAAAUUAUUUUACAUAUCUGAGCCCAUCGUGGACAGCUAUAUAUAAGAUUUCGUUUAAAUAGACCGUUUUAUUUCAGUCGCAGUUAAUCGAUUUUCUUUGAGAACUUGGGACUCCGGCUGGUUCUAACAAUCGUAGGAAUUGAUCAGUAGACUGUAAGGCUGCGCUAUCCAGGCACGUUCCCAGGAUUGGCCGAGGGGAGGGGGUGUGCGCAGUCAUAGGUAUCGUAAGGGGGGGGGGGGGGGGGGUGCACGCGCACCACCUCCCUGUGUAGGCGCCGGCUAUAGAGCUAUUAACAAUGCCAUACGGCGAUGAAAGAUGUUUUAUUUUGAUUUUAAGGGCAGUACUUACUCUAACAACAUGCACACCCUCUGACCAUUAUGUACGUUUUCUAAUUUUAUUAAAAAUCUAGUUGAGGCUUUUCAAUAGAAACAACAUUUUUUUUCUAAUCUCAGAGCAAAAUACUCGGUCGACCUUUGGUGCAAAAGCUGCAGUGUGAUCGAUAAAGUUGGAGACUAGAGCCCAGGCCUUCAUUGAACGGCCGAGACGGAUCUCUCUUGCCCGACUCAGGGAUUUUCGGAUUUCGGCAAUACAAAUCGAUAAUUGAUCUAGCUUGAUACGAUUAGACGCCGAAUGCGCUCAAAUCGCCCAAGAUGUCACGUUUGUCGAAGUGGAUGUAAGAGUUGUUUUUUAUGAGCCUUUUGUACAAAAUGGUCAUUUCCAAAGAGUGCGUCAAACGUGGCUUGCUAUAAACACAGCACUGUGCAUCUAUGGAUCAAAAGCUAAAUUCUUCAAUAAGAUAGUACAAUUCACUAUGAGAAUUGAGCUUUUGAGCAGUAUGUAUAAAUUAUACUCUCUUGCUUAGUGUAUUUUCAGGUAAAUACUAUAUACUAAUAUUCAAACAGAAUCUUUUGACUUCAUAUACUUAACAUCGCAAACGUGGCGGUCCUAAUAAUUAAUGUUCGUCUUUAACUGACUAAUAAAAUUUGAAUCAUAAAUCUCUA